CCUCAUCCUUGGAGAGUUUUUAUCGCCACCAGUGCACCUUCAUUCCUGGAUUUAGGUGUAAUGCUGUACAUACACAGAUGUAUAUGCUGGAGGGCUGUUCCAGAUGGAACCUGAACCGCAGGCAGGACGCUAUGGAGAUGGGAAAGACGUCCAAGACGAAACUAUAUGACGUGCGGUUGAUGUCGAGCAUCAAUGCUCUCAACAGUCGUGUCCUUGGACAUAAGCUCCUGCCUGCGUUGAUACCUCCUGGAAAACCUACUGGUGAGCAAAUUGCUGUCCAAUAUCUCCUGGCCCAGACUGGAAAGGAGGAUCUUCAGACAGCAGUUGCGGACGAGGAGAUUGGUUCGACACUGCCAGCACCACAGUCAGACGAACCACCAGAUGAUGACGUCCUGGAUGCCACUGUGUGUGAGGCCAGUGACGUGAACAUGAACGUCCCUGUGGCCCAGUCAUCUAGCCCUAGACAUUCUCGUCAUUCACCGUCUCGCUCGCCGUAUCGCUCGCCAUCCCCAAAAUCAUACCGUCCUGCUCGCUUCCCAUUCCAGGAGAGCCGCACGCCAUCCCCGACUGGCCCAGGACCGUCCCCAUCUCAUCGAUCCCCAUCCCCUGAAAGCCACUCCGCAUCUCCGCCUGAGGAUAUCCGACCCGAUUCUCGAGGUCUCCGAGGCUGGGGAGCUGUAGAUAAUCUAGCCAAAUUCCUGGUCGGCCUCAACAGGACUAUAACAAAUACUGAGGCAGAGGAAGUUGUGAGGCUGUAUGGCAAGUUGGAGGCAAUGGACAGGUCCCCCGUCAAAUACAGCUUAAAGACCAAGAAGCGUCACCUGCCUGGGCCCUGGCGAGCUUCGCGUAAGCGGAGCGGGUCAGCGCCUGGUCAGCAGGCUGCAGAAAGAUUGUACUUGUCAAGUUGGGUUGCGGCACACAAGCCAGACACGAACAGAGUCUCUGAGUGCGUGUGUUUGCACUUGGCCAAGGAGUACAAGCAGAAGAGAAACCGCCCAAAGGACAGGAGUUCCAAGGUGCUGCCCAUACCCCAGUCCAUUGUACAGACAUAUUCGCACAUCCAGCAGCUGGUCGAAGACUGCGAGGUUGUGCAGUCGAAGACAAAUUAAGUACUAGUCACCAUCAACACCACCACUGUCUGUGCU